AUGUCUAGAAGGAUUAGUGUGUCUUCUCCAUUUUCUAGUAAUAAUUCACCUACUUACCUUCGGCAAUCAUUUUUUAGUGUUAAAUCGUUAUCAUCACAUACAUUACACGAACAUUGGGGUGUUAUUUGGGGAUCAUUUGAAACAAUUGUAGGACAAGUAACAUCAAAAGACCUUCUUUCUGAAACAAGUUGGAAGAUCUCUCAAAAAUUCAAUAUGAAAAAGGGAAAUGAGAUGAGUCAUGUCUUUUUAUUAGAUAUCAUCUCAUAUCCUGAGAUGAAUGGCAAACAACUUAUAAUGGAAUACUUUGAAAAUACUCAAGUAAUUCAUGACAUUCAUAACCGAGUAAAAAAUUAUAGUAUGAAUCAAUAUUAUAAAUCAAUUCCUUUAAAAACUUCGAUUCAUAUUGAUCGACCAACUGAAAUUAGAAUUCAAACAACACAUAUUCCAACAUAUUAUUAUUAUGAAUUUGGUAAACGAAUAAAAAAUGGAGAAGAAGUUGAUAUUAUAAUAUUUACAUUACAUAUUCCUUUUAUGGUAAAAUCACCAACAGGAUAUCCAGUAAUUAUAUUUAGUAUAGGAAUUGAUUUACCAAAAGAUAUUAUUAAUCAUAAAAUGUUUCAUGAUUCGCUUUAUGAUUAUAUAAAUCGUAUAUUUUAUUAUUACCAAUUAACAAAUUUUACUCUUAAUAAUGAAGAUUCAAGUAAAUAUUUAAUUGAACAAUUAUAUGUAUUAACUGAUAAAAUAGAUGAGUUUAUUCAUGUAUUUAAUAAUAAACAACAAUUUAUUAAUAUAUCAAUUCAUACAAAAAAUACUACAAAAGAAUAUACUAGAUUUUUAUGUUCUAUAAUUUCUGGUUAUAUUCAAAGUUAUUACACUAUUUGUAUUCCAUUUUCAACUAAUACUAUUACUGAUAUGAGAAUUUUAUUAGACCCAUUUGCCUUACCUGCAAUUCAAGACUUUCAUUCUAAUAAAAUGACUAUUGACAUAAAUCCAUUUUUUACUCUUCAAUUUGUAACUAAAUUUGAUCCAUCACAAUACUUUCAAUUUCCAUUUCCAAUUUGUUUAAUAGAUUCUAAUCAAUCUAUUGUUCAAUCAAUGAAAGACAUUGAUACUAUUUCUUAUUAUGGAUCAAGGUCUUCAUACUUUCUUAAUAUUAUUAAUAAAAGAUUAAAAGUAAAUACCAAUGUAAAUCCAAUCAACCCUAUUUCAUUUUUAACUCCAAUUGAUCAUUGUUUCUUAAUAGAAGAUUUUAUUAGACAAUUUGUCAAAUUAAUUGAUCAAAACCAAUUAAAUGUUGCUUUAUAUUUAUUACAACAAACAUCAAAUUUUAUGAUUAUUAGAGGAAUGAAAUUAUUUUAUUUUAUUAUUAACAGUUCUUUUCCUUUUGGAAAAAAGUUAAUAGAACAAAUUCAAAGUUGUUUAGAUUUAGAUAAAGAGGAUAUUCAAUUGCUCAUUCAGUUAUUUAAAUUUGACCAACCUUAUAUAGUUUCAAAGGUUCAAUUAUCGGUUAUUUCAAUUCUUCAACAAGACUCACAAAUAACUCGUAACUUUUUUUAA